GCUAAAAUUUGCUCUUCUUAGAUGAGAUGAUAUUUUUGGGAAAUCCCCUUCUGCAUUGUGUUUGAAAUUUUCCAUUCUCUUUGGAUUUUUUGUGGUUUUGAUAUGGAUGAAUGUGUUUGUCAAUUUCAGCUGUGAAAAACUUGCGUAGGGAUAUGGAAAAGUAUAUUGACGUGGUUCACUAUGAGAAGGGUUCGAACGGUGACCGCCGCUAGAGUGGUUUUGUAAUCGGAGCUGCUUUUUUUUCUGGGUUGUUUUCACUGACGUCACAUUUUUUUUUGCUGUGAACCACUGCGCGCCGCCAUUUAACCUCCCGACCUAACGCGUCGCCAGUGUGGAAGUCGACGGAUACUCUCGGUUACCUUUUGUGUUUCGCGGGCGUCUCGGGACUCAAGUACGCAAGAGAGGACCGUCAGCCUUCUUGUGACUCUUUCUCCACAACUCUCGCUAAUUCGCUGAAGCUUUUUCCAGAGUUGCUCGUCGAAGUCGGCUGGCGGUCCGACUUCGAAUGCGGGGACGCCGUCUAACGCUUCCGAAAGACGAAAGACUUUGGACAUUCUGCGGCUCUGUGCUUCACGGAGACUUGGCUCUGCGGACGACUGCCCGACGCUGUUAUCCCGCUCCCCGGUCUCGACCUCCACGGCGCUGAUGUGUCGCCGAGCUAUGGACGGGCCGCGUACCGGUACCCGGACGUGGCCGCUAGUGCCGGGGCCCGAAAUAGCUGCUCGUCGUGCAAAUUAACGAGUCUUGCUUUCUGUGACGUCGAAAGGAAAUCCGACAAUGCGCUGGCUGUCGCUUUGGCUCGAGCGGAUGCCGCUGUUGAAAAAUCGGCAAUUGACUAAUAAGAAACAUCUGAGCGUUGUUCUACCCGAGAGGCAAGGUUUUGCUCACACGUUUCCUCCUGAUUUUGGGACAGGAUAGAGUGGGCUACAGUGGAUGGACGUUUCCACUCCACGCGUGUCACACCUCUAUGGAUGGAAAACCUCUCUUGUGCUUUGAGGAAGAGGGCGGCCGGAGGAGGAUCGCUUGUCCGCUGGACCCCAAACACACGGUCAGCGAAGACAAGCUGGACAAACACCUGAAGAAAUGUAACUCGCGCGACAAACCAAAAGCGGUUUAUUACGUGGAAAACAUCAAUGCCGGCUCAGCUGACCAGGACGGCCAGACGGUCCCGCAGGUGAGUUUGUGCCAGCAAGGCGCCACUCGCUUACGACAACUGCUGGACGCGCUCGACGCGGCUUCAAAAGGUUUGCCGUCGGAGCCGGACGAGAACUUUCUGUCGCACGCGGUUUUCUGGGAGGAAGCCAAUAACCCGAAGAACGGCGAUUCGGUCCACAAACACCUGAAGCAGCAGUCCUCCAUUUUGGGCCACCUGGAGGCGCUGGGGCUGCUCGGACGCGGCCGCUGCUUCGUGGAGUUCGGGGCGGGUCGGGGGAAGCUGUCGCACUGGAUCCACCGAGCCCUGCGGGAGCAGACCCCGGCGCCGCCGACCGGAGAACGUUUGCAGAUGCUGCUGGUGGAGCGGAGCAGCACCCGAUUCAAGGUGGACGGAAAACAUCGCGACGCCGACGUGGAGUUUGCCAGGCUGCAGGUUGACAUUCAGCAUCUCGAUUUGAGUCGAGUCCCGCUGCUGGAGCGCCGGCUGCCGCUCGUCGGCGUCGGGAAGCAUUUAUGCGGCGCGGCGACAGAUUUGGCUCUCCGCUGUUUGUUCAAAACGUCGUCGAGGCCUCGACCGCAAGCGGGCCCGCCAAGAAAACGCCUCAAAGCGUCACGUGACUCGGCAGCGGGAGACCCACCCGAUCCUUCCGAGCCCGGCGAGGCAUCGGGUCCUGCUCCGAUUCUGGGCCUGGCGGUGGCGCUGUGCUGUCACCAUCGCUGCGAGUGGCGUCACUACGUCGGUCGGCAGUUUUUCUCGGAUCUGGGUCUGGGCCCCGCAGAGUUCUCCAGCUUCUGCCGCAUGUCCAGCUGGGCCACGUGUGGCCCGCGAUCGGACGAAGAACACGAACCCCCGACGGCCGAGGAGGCCAAUGUGGCGCCGGGCAGACUUCUGUCGUCGGGCGAGCGCGAGCGGAUCGGACGCCGCUGCAAACUUCUGAUCGACGCCGGCAGAAUUGAGUUCCUGCGGAGCAAAGGAUUCUGCGGACGGCUGACGCGUUACGUCAGCGUUCGGGUGACGCCGGAGAACGUCCUGAUGACGGCCACGCCUGCCGCCGCCGCCGCUCCCGACGCUUACUCGUAAUGACCGACGGGUCACGCGCGGGAGAGCGCGUGCACGUUAAGGGCGGCGUGCGCUCUCUUCCGAGCUUCCCGGAUGUACGUCAGCAUGAAUUCCCGUCCGAACAGCUCGCGGUCGUCGUCGUCGUCGCCGCCGCCGUCAGUUGUGGGCAUCUCCAGCGCCAACGGGUUGUCCCGGAAGUUGACGAACCUUCACAGAAAAAGAGCCACGAGUCAUUUUUGCCCCAUCGAAAAACCUCCUGAGCGGCGGAGACCUUCAAAAAGAGGACGCUCGGCUGACCCGGGUGGGCGCCGUGUCCGGCCGGGGAUGCCAAAGUUUGCGGAGGCCCCCCCCCCCAUUUCCCAUUAUUCCUUUUUUCAAAGAAUCCAACCAUAGUAUUGGAAAAAUACACAACUUGAAAUGUCUUUAUUUUAUGAAGUCCACGGUUGGUUAAUUACGUUGAAAUUCUCCAUCCUCCCCUUAUCCUCACGCGGGUUAGGGCGGUGCUACACCCUCAACUGAUGCCUGGCCAAUCGCAGGGCACUCGCACCGUUCACAGGCUUCAGUCGAGCGACCGUUCGUGUUUGCGGUACUCGGAAGAAACACGCAAGGUCCACAGAGGGCCGAGGUGUCGGAUUUGAACGCGGGUCCUCGGAAGUGUGUGGCGGAUGAGCUAACCAAUACUAGUAAGUUUCUUUCGGCUUGUCCCUUUCGGGGUCGCCGCGGCGUGUCAUCAAAAAAAGAGAAGGGAUUCCGCCUCACAGUACAUGGUGACAGAAUAUUGCCCCAAAAAAUGCCGAGGCGUUAAAUGUCUGGAGGCGCCGCACGUCCAGUAUUCAUUGAACCGUAAAAAGAGGGUGAGUGGAUAUUUGGAGGGUCUCGCAUCUGAAAUUCUAAGUAUGAUAAAGUAUUAGUAGUCCUGAAACAGCAUUUGUAUGGAUUGGGGCGAUCCGGCGGCUGUUGUCUUCAAAACCCGCAACGCGAAAGCAUUUUGAUUGGCUGGGAUCUACGACGGCGCGGCGAAAACAGCGGCUGGCGGGGAAAACUGCUGCGGAACGGUACCGUACUUCAAUCGGGUUCCGCCUUGAGACGAACUGAGAAUACAGUAACAGUCAAAUGUGAGUCGCCUCGUUCUGACACAAGUAUUUGACCUCUCG